AUGGCCCAAUCCACGAAGGGCUCAGGCCAUCACGAUGUUGCGGCUCCGAGACAGUCCCAUGUUGCAACCGAAGCCGUGGCUCGCCCUUACGAUGCCACAGCUGCCACCUCGGCUCCUACUGCUGUCACAACUCCUCCUCUAGGUCCUGUGACCGAGAUGAUCAGCUUUGCACGCACCGCCGUGCUAUCUCAUGACUUUACAAUGAAAGGAACACCAUAG